CUAAACAAAAAAUGCAAGUCGUUCAACGGUCUAGUAUCGUCGGUAAACUUUAGGUCGCGUAGGCGCACUACUUCGAAGAAGAAUUACAAGCAUGGAUUUAACCUGAAUGUCCACAACAAAUAUGGCGGGUAAUGAAGUCCGUCUUGUGAAAAACAAGAAAGCCAAGUCAAAAGUAUGGACGUAUUUUAACCUGAAAGAAGACAGUCUAGGGACAACGGUGCCGAACAUAGCAGUUUGUUCAUUGUGUGAUUCAGAAGUGCGGCAUGCAGGUGGGACAACAAAUUUGGCUAGUCACUUACGCCGACACCACGGGUUUGUGGCGUUCAGUGAUGAGACUUGUGAACAUGCUAGAUCCAGUAACGUACUCUCCGACAACAGAUACAAACGUCAACAGACUCACACACACAUGGUAGCAACCAGUACCACGACCAAUCCAAAGUAUCCGGCAUACUCAGAAAUGGCACAGACACUUACAAACAAGCUUGCAUGUUUCAUAAUUAAAGGCUUGCUUCCAUACAGCGUUGUGGAUUCUACUGAAUUUAGGGAUUUUGUAUCCUCACUUGACCCAAGAUACGAAGUUCCAAGCCGGAAAGAACUAUCUGAUGUUGUGAUUCCGAAAAUGUACGACAAAACAAAGACAAAUGUAUUAUCAGAAAUUGCUUUUGCUGAUCAGACUGCCAUUACAACAGAUGUUUGGAUGUCCCGGUCUGCUGAAACCUACAUCACCAUCACAUCAAUACAUAUAACCAAAGAAUGGCAGCUGAAAACGUUUGUUCUGCAGACCAGACCCUUACCAUGGACCUACACAGGUGGCGACCUUGCUAGGUUGUUGUCAGAUGUCUGCUGUGAAUGGGGUAUCCAUACAUUUCCAGUUCCGCCUAUCGUUUCUGAUAAUGAUGGCAAUAUUAUUCAGGCUGGUCAUCUCCUUGGAUGUGAAAUGCAUUUCAAAUGUUUUGCACAAACCGUCAAUAUUGCUGCACAGAAAAGCCUCAACGUGAAAGCUGUUUAUGACAUCUUGGCCAAGAUUCGUAAACUUGUUGUGUUUUUUAACAGUAGUAAGAUGGCUAGUACUUUGCUGCAGAAUCAGGCAGAUUUAUUUUCACUGACACAACACAAGCUUGUUAAUGACGUGUGUACGAGAUGGAACAGUAUCUACGACAUGCUGGCGAGGUUCCUCGAGAUACAGAAUGCAGUUUCUGGAGCGCUUCGGUCAAAAGAACUGGGAAUAGUGAUGGACAGUGACAUGCACAAUCUCUCCGAUGAAGAAACCACUCUGGCGGAGGAUGUGGUGGAGUGUCUGAGACCACUAAAGACUGUAACAUCCACACUGUGUACAGAGGGCAGCACCACUCUCUCCACAAUCCUCCCCAUACAACACAAGCUCAUCGACAUGGACCUGACAAUACAGGAUACUGAUGGGUCAUCCAUCAAAGAGAUGAAAAAUAUAAUAAAAAAUGAAUUGACCGACUCUUACAGCCACCAGGAGGAUAUUCUGUCUGUGGUGACUGCCCUGGAUCCAAGGUUUAAGUCUCUGCCAUUUUUGAGCGAGGAAGGCAGACAUGCAACAUACAAUUCAAUGGUUGCAAGGGCUGCAGACCUGGAUAAUAAACUACUGGUGGAAGUGAAAACAGAGCCAGGCAUGGAGGACCAAACUCAGACACAACCACAGUGGCCGGGUAUGGAAACAUUUGAUGAGGAUACAUACGAUCAUGGCAAACCUACAUCACCAAAGAAGGCUAAAUGUGACAGUAAUAUAUAUAACUCAACACCUUCAAAAUCUACCUUACAAGAUAUACUGGGCGAUGUGUUUGUAUCUCCUGUCGAGAUGCCCAUGAAGAAGUCCAGUCUGGAUUUGAUAGAAGAAGAAGUACUGAUGUACAAACAGCUUCUCCCAAUUCCCCUGCAGGGUAACCCACUGUUGUGGUGGAAAACCAAUGAACACAAGAUGCCUCACAUAGCACGCUUGGCUAAAUCGCUGUUAUGUAUCCCUGGAACUAGUGUUCCCUCGGAGAGAGUGUUCUCCACGACUGGGGACGUGCUCAUGGCUCAGAGGGCUUCUCUCAAGGGCAAGCAUGCAGACAAACUCCUCUUUUUGAAAACAAAUAUGUGAUUUUUUCUAUAAAUGUAUAAU